GGAAUGAAGGAUGGCAACACGCCGUGCAUUAAAAGCUGUUCUGGUAGAUCUCAAUGGCACACUUCACAUUGAAGAUGCAGCUGUGCCGGGCGCCCAGGAAGCUCUUAAAAGAUUACGUGGUGCUUCGGUAAUUAUUAAGUUUGUGACCAAUACAACCAAAGAGAGCAAGCACGACCUAUUGGAAAGGUUGCAGAAACUGGAAUUUGAUAUCUCUGAAGAUGAAAUAUUCACUUCUCUGACUGCAGCCAGAAAUUUAGUUGAGGAGAAACAAGUCAGGCCCAUGCUGCUGGUUGAUGAUCGGGCACUACGUGAUUUCCAAGGAAUACAAACAAGUGAUCCUAAUGCUGUGGUCAUAGGCUUGGCACCAGAACAUUUUCAUUAUCCAGUUCUGAAUCAAGCAUUUCGGUUACUCCUGGAUGGAGCGCCUCUUAUAGCAAUCCACAAAGCCAGGUAUUACAAGAGGAAAGAUGGCUUAGCCCUGGGGCCUGGACCAUUUGUGACUGGCUUAGAGUAUGCCACCGACACCAAAGCCACAGUUGUGGGGAAGCCAGAGAAGACAUUCUUCUUGGAGGCAUUGCGGGGUACCGGCUGUGAACCUGAGCAGGCCGUCAUGAUAGGCGAUGAUUGCAGGGAUGAUGUUGGUGGGGCUCAGAAUGCAGGCAUGCUGGGCAUCUUAGUGAAAACUGGGAAGUAUCGCACAGCAGAUGAAGAGAAAAUUAACCCACCUCCUUACUUGACUUGUGAGAGCUUUCCUCAUGCCGUGGACCACAUUCUGCAGCACCUACUGUGAACCAUGAUGUGAACCUGAAGCAACUUGAGAUGCAGCUUGUCCUGGUCAGGACUUCGUGCCAGCAUGAACAGACUCCACCUAUCCGUGCUGCCUGGUUUUAACCCUCCUUUAUUGUGCAUUAAUUAGAAAGGUAUUGAAUUGCAGCCAGCCACUAAGCCUCGCUAAUCCCUUUUGUUUUAUUUUGUAAAACAAGAUGAGACCCAAAGAAAGGGAAAGCUGAGAUUUUGUACCAUUCCUUUUAAAAUAUUCAUCCGGUUAGAGGCUGGGCUGAGGGGGAGAGUCUACUUCGGGGAGUAGUGUACUCUGUUCUCCUCACUGGGAAGCUGAGGGGAGAUUCAGGUCAUGUAUAAAGUUGAAUGGUGUUUUUUAAGUCCUAAAGUAAUGCAUCGUAAGGUACACUAGGCUGUAGUUUUUAUAUUGAUUUCAACUGUGAAAUCCAUCAUUACUGCCACGUGGAGUAGAAGGCUGAAAAGCAGAGAGAAUUGUCCUUUAGCCCAAGUGAUUGAGUGAAUUUGCUUUAACAGAUGUUGAAAACGAGAUUAUCUGCUGGGUUAUUCCCAGCACGGGUGACUUCUUUUUCUUUUCAUUAGCCAGAGAUGACUAAUUUAAAUUUAGACUGAUUUUAAUUUAAAAUAAUAUUUUCAUUAAUAACCUAUUCAUUGCGGAUACCUAUUAUACUGUGUAACAGUUGUUUUGGAAAUUUUAUGUAAAAUUAAAACUAUCAGUAUUUUACAGAUGUUUUAAUUAGACAUUGUUAUUAACUGGAACAGUGCAGAAACUAAAAUCAAGCCUUUAAUGUCUUAUAGACCAUGCAUUUUUGAAGUUAGUGUCCACUAGGGUCCUAUUAACUGUACAUUUGCAAGAUUUCAUUAUUUUUGCCUCUGACACUAUGGGGAAAAUCUUUGAGAAGCUAUUGGGACAGAUUCAAGCUUUUAUGUACUUGGUUACUACAGCUGGAAAAUGAAAUCUCAUCUGUAGCAUGGAUCAUUCUUCUCACGUUAAACCCACCAAAAUGAAGAGGACUAAGUAGGUAAUGAUUUUCCUAGUGCAUUUGCAUACUGUGAUAAUCCUAGGCCUUUGCAGUUGUUUUACAGGGCUCUUAGGCAUUGAAUUAUUAGAAUGUAAUUGUACAUCAUUGUAGUGUUCACCUUAUUGAAGCUCACACUGAUGUUAAUGAGCUUUGGGGUUUGAUGCUUGUUUAGAGAUCAGCUUGGUCUUGGAAGGGAAGGUGUAAUACCAAAUAAAUGGCAG